CAAUCAGAAGCUGACAUGGAUGGAAGAAAUCACAGCCUGGUGACAGAAUUUGUUCUUAAGGGGUUCACAGGUCAUCCAGAGAUGCAGGUCAUCCUUUUCACAGUAUUCCUUGUGAUCUAUGUUAUCACUCUGAUGGGGAAUCUUGGGAUGAUUGUGUUAAUCAAGAGCAACUUUCAACUCCAUACACCCAUGUACUUUUUUCUCUGCCACUUGGCCUUUGUUGAUGCCUGCUAUUCUUCUGUUGUCACUCCCAAAAUGAUGGUGAAUUUCCUAGCAGAGAGCAAAGUCAUUUCUUUUACUGGGUGUGCAAUGCAAUUUUGCUUUUAUGCUGGUCUGGCAGGAACAGAGUACUUCCUGCUGUCUGUGAUGGCCUAUGACCGAUAUGUGGCCAUCUGCAAACCACUGCUGUACACUGUUGUCAUGUCUCGCAGGAUGUGUAUUUGUCUAGUGUCUGUCUCCUGUGGAUGUAGCUUCCUGAACUCAGUCACACACAUAAUCUCCACAUUUCAGCUACCCUUCUGUGGUUCCAAUGCCAUCAAUAACUUGUUCUGUGACAUCACACCUCUCUUGAAGCUCUCCUGUGCCUCCACCCAAGUUAAUGAGAUUGUCGUCUUUGCCUCAGCUUGCCUGCUUGGUAUCUGUUCUUGUCUCACCAUCUUCCUCUCUUACUUCUACAUUCUCUCCUCCCUGCUGAGGAUCCAUUCUUCUGAGGGUAGGCGCAAAGCUUUUUCCACCUGCACCUCCCACCUAAUGGCUGUCACUGUGUUCUAUGGGGCCCUCCUCUUCAUCUAUUUAAGACCCAGUUCCAGUCAUACACAGGACAAAGACAAAGUGGCCUCAGUAUUCUACACGGUCAUAAUUCCCAUGCUGAAUCCCAUGAUCUACAGCCUGAGGAACAAGGAGGUAAAGGAUGCCCUGAGGAAGGCACUACACAAGCAUGCCAGGAUUUGA